AUGAUAGAUGAUGAUAGCAGGGAAAUUAACUUUUCUCAGAUUUCGAAAAUUCCACGUAUCAAGCACUUAAAGAUUGGUCAAACAGUUGGCUGUGGAUCGUUUGCAUUUGUGAAAAAGGCUACUUUAGAAGAGGAUCCUAGUGUCGUUGUAGCAGUCAAAUUCGUGCAUUUACCAACAUGUCAAAAAUUUGGAAUGGCUGAAAAUGAUGUGCUUCAAGAAGUUGUACUACAGUCCAAAUGUAGUGGGCAUGUCAAUGUGCUCAAGGUAAUUGAUUGUAAUGUUUCUCAAAAUUUCUUGUGGAUUGUGAUGGAAAUGGCCGAGGGAGGUGAUUUGUUUGAUAAAAUUGAACCUGACGUUGGUGUGGACGUGGAAGUAGCACAGUUUUAUUUUCAACAGCUCGUUCGAGCCGUGGACUAUUUGCAUGGUGCUUGUGGUGUAGCGCACCGCGAUAUUAAACCGGAAAAUAUUCUUUUGGAUAAACGUGGAAAUUUGAAAUUGGCAGAUUUCGGACUGGCGUCCAAAUUUAGACGGAAAGAUGGUUCCAAGCGGAUUUGCAAAGAUCAACGCGGUAGUUUGGUCUACAUGGCUCCUGAAACUGUGCUGUCAACCGGUUAUUUUGCUGAUGCUACCGACAUAUGGUCCUGUGGUGUUUUAUUAUUCGUGUUGUUGACCGGCGAAGCGCCAUGGGAAGCUCCUACACACGAUUCAAACCAGUUUCAAGCGUUCAUGAAUGACGGUGGUCGAAUUGAUACGGGCCCCUGGGCCAGGAUCAAUAUCGAAGGAUUGAGUAUACUCAGAAAAUUACUGCAAUUCGAUUCGCGACAUCGACCCUCGGCUGCAACCAUUAAAACAUACCCAUGGUUUGCCCGGAAAUCUGCGUUUGCCGAUGACAAUGGUAUGUGUUCCCGUCCGGAGCUACUAUCCAGAAGACUUUUCGAUAACCUUCAUGUCGCGCUUAAUGAAGAUAUUGCUAGCAGCCACCAUGAAAGUUGUCCGAAACCGCGUCAAGUUUUAAGCACUCAGCCAACUCAUUUUGAUUUAGUCAAAUUGAAAGUCGCGUCGCCUGAUUUGGAAUCAUUUGCCUUGACGCAAGCCGGUUUUACGCAAGGUUUAUCCGACAGGCUACCAUCUUUAACCCAAGAGGAUAGUUUGUUCGAUUACCUAAAUAGAGAUCAAGCUACACAACAGUUCAUGACGCACAAAGGUUCGGUACAGAAUAUUUUUACAAUCGACAGGCUUACGAAAUUUUAUUCACUUAGCGACAUGGAAACCAUCAUUUCGCAGCUAGAAAAAGCUAUAAAAGCUUCUGGUAUAUCGGGCCAAAAUGACUUGCUGAAAACUUUCGUUGCAUUGAGAAAUUCCCCAAGUGGAAUCCAGUUGAAAAGCCCAAUCUCAGUGCAAUUGAAAACAACUGAUCGGAAAGGUUGGCUCUUAUCGGGUUCUAUAGAUAUAAUUCAGAUUGACGAACGAUUGAGGGUUGUAGGAUUUGAAAGGAAACGAGGAGAUCCUCUUGAAUGGAGAAGGUUUUUCAAAACCGUGGUAAGAUUUUGUAAAGAGCUCAUUUACAUCCCGACGUCAAUGACAUAG